AUGGCAUCGGUAUCGGCUCAGCCCGAGCUGGCGCAGCCAUCGACGCUGCUGACGCAUCCUACCCCGGCUGCUGCCGAUUUGGCGCGUCAUGCCACCCUGCCAGCGACCGGCUUCUCCACCACAAAGACCUCGUCGGUCUCGGUCGGCGCAGCCUACAAGCUGUCAUCUGACACUCGGAUGCUGCGCCGCCUCAAGGGAACGCUACCGAUCCUCAUUGCCGGCCACGCGCUCAACCUUGUCAACCCUCAGACGCAGACGCCCCUUCAGAGCUUCACCCUCUCCUCCGCAGAGAUCGCUUCUUCGGCCCCACUCACGCUUCUACGCUCCCUCGGUGCAGGACGCACUCUUCGUACCACCUACGUCGGAAUCGAGUCGCAUGCUCGAGCAAAGUCGGGACGCGGGCUUGUCACGGCGACCCAUCACCUCUAUGCUUACGUCGAGGAGCUCUCUGCAAAGGGCAAGGAAUUCGCCGAAGUCCAAGUCAAGAAGGAGUCGCUUUCAGUGUCCAGGCCCAUUCGUCUCAUCCACGCCCUCGGUGAUGGAAGACUCGUUCUCACCCACUCGGACGAUACUCUCACCAUCGUUGCUUCCUCGCCCAUUACCUACGACGACCAGGCUUCGACGCAAGCAGCUGCCACUUCAUUGCACAUUGUCGACACCGUAGAAGCUACUCAUCCCCAAUCUCAGCAGAGAUGUCAUCUCUUCGUCAAUCUUCUCGACGCUGCCUCGGCCAAGAGCCUUAUCUCGGGUAGCUCGCGCGUCGAAGAGGCCGCUGUGCUCGGUUUGCGUAUCGCUGUCACCUCGGAUGCCAAGCUGCCCAGAGUGCCAUCAAAUGUCGAGGAGGACGCCAGUAAGAAGAAGAAACGCUCCAAACGCUCCAGGAAGGAUGGAAACGCCAUUGAUGACGAGGAUCCGCAAUCAUCCGACAGCUCCCUCCCGACAUCGCCCACGCCUACAGGUCCUCUCUCGCUCGAGCUCACCGCCUUUGUCAAGAGCUUUGAUGGCGCCUCGGAUUCGGCCAUCGCUACCAUCAAGCUUGGCCGCGUUCAACUCCCUGAUCUCGCAAACGCGAGGCAUACCACAGACGUGCAACUGCAUCCGGACGGACGGCUUGUCGUUCUCGGCUUCGACGGCUCUCUCACCUCCAUGAUUCUGGCCACAUCAGCCACCAGCGAGCCUCGCUUUAGCAACAUCAGCACCGGCGUGCUCGACGCUCUGGCUCUUGCCAGCGGUUCGCGCCCUUCUUUCACCUCGACUGCCUCGCCAUCUUCCUGCUUGCUUCUGAGCCGCGAUCAUGCUUUGAUUGUCGGCGUCACAAAACCAUCUUCGGUCACCGCCGACAAGGAGCGCGUGGUGUCCCUCAUUGUGGAUCUCGAGCUUAACGCAGUGCUCAAACAGAUCGACUGGAUGGUCCCCUUCGUUCCCGCCAGUCUCGAAGCUUCCUCUCAUGGCUCGCUUCAGCGAAUGACCACCAUCUCCGCAACGCGUAUCGCAGGCUCCACCAGCGUCAUCACCAUGGGACCUCCCACCGUCUCAUCUCGCACUUCGAGCUCCUCGGACAAAGCCGAGGUUUUGGCUCAACUUCACCAGCGCAGAGUCUGCGUGCUUUCGGUUCCUUUCGUUGUACCCGAGGUCAGUGUCCUCCGUGAUGCUCUUGGCAAAGGCGAGCUCACCGCUCGGUGGCUUCGUAGUGCCAGCGACGAGCUCGACGAAGCCGUCAAGGGGACCUCGGCGUCGGAUGCAAGCCGAAUUGCACUCCUCGAUCAGAUCAGGACCGUUGCUCAGGGCAACGGCAAGGGAUCCGCUAGAACUGGCGAGAUCAAUUCGAUCCUCUCUGGCUGGAUCGACGCUACAACAGCAGAUGGCCGCAUGCUGGAAACGCUUUCCGCGCAUGAAGCCGACACGUCGUUCUUCGGCUCGCUGCUCGGCCUGCUUCUGCCAUCGCCCUCGCAACGAAGCAGCAAGGGCAGUCCAGCUACUCCACCAGCCUUCUUCCCGCGGAGCGCGCUUCUCACCCUUCUCAAGCAUCCUCGAGUCCACCCGUCGAUCUUUGCCACAUUGAAGCCUUCUACCGACACGGCAGCAAGUGCACGCAGCGCCUCGGUGCAGGCCAACGGUGCUCACCUGACCGAGUUCUGGUCGAGGUUGGGAGCCUGGAACGAUGCCCAGCUCCUCCGUGUGGCCCUCAAGCGUAUGUCCGACAUUGGCGAAGAUACACUGGCUUCGCUCUUGCUUUCUGCAGUGCGAGGAUUGCUCCAGUCUCGAGGCAAUGCGAAAGCAGCGCAGCAAUACAUGCUCUUGCUGACUCAUAUUGUGCAGCUGCGCGUCUCCCGACCCGCGCUGCGAAGUGCCCUCAAGAUGCAGCUUCGCGACGACGUGGACCAGGUAAUGGCACUGUUGCAGCUUUGCAAUGCAUGGCUGAGCCAGACAAUCCAGCGUCCACUCUCGGAAGCGGACGAGGACGCUGCGGCCAAGGGCGAUUUUGCCAGCCUGGCUUCGCUGAAGGGCAAGAACAAAGCGCCGAACGCAGAUGCGGUGAUGGCGCUGGCCAACGAUGUGCUCGACACGUUCUUCCCUCUGCUGCUGGCCACGCCGCGGUCCCAUGCUACGGUGCAGUCGCUCUCGUCGACCAUCUCGCGCUACCUGCAGCUGCUGUCGACGCUGCGAGUGCUCAACGCGCCGCUGUCUGCGUUCGCCAAGCUGCAGCAGGAGAAUGAUCUUCUGGCUUUGACGGAAGCCAAGCAGAAGAAGAGCCGAGGAACGACGCUGUCGGCGAGCGGUGCGGUAGCAUCAGCGGGCAACACCAAGGUGAGCGUGAGCAGCAAGGCGGAUGCAGCCGCGAGGGCCGAGAUGGGCGGUGGAUUGGGACUCAAGCUGGGUACGCAGGGCGAGACCAAGACGCGUCGUCUGCAGUUGCUCGAGCAAAGCAUGCUGGUGGGCGCCUACAGCUUCGAGCGUCUGGAGAUCUGA